GAAAACGGGCCCGCGAGACAGAUAAUCAAUAUGCGUUUCCAAGGCUUUCGGCUAUGUUUGGGUCUUCUUUUCAUCUCAAUUAAUGCAGAAUUUAUGGAUGAUAGUGUUGAGACGGAAGACUUUGAUGAAAAUUCAGAAGAGACUGAUGAACUCUCCUCAGAGAUUAAAUAUAAGACACCUCAACCUGUAGGAGAAGUGUAUUUUACAGAAACUUUUGAUAGUGGAAGGCUGGCUGGGUGGGUAUUAUCAAAAGCAAAGAAAGAUGAUACAGAUGCGGAGAUUUCUAUAUAUGAUGGAAGAUGGGAAAUAGAAGAAUUGAGAGAAAAUCGGGUACCUGGUGAUCGAGGACUGGUGUUGAAAUCUAGAGCAAAGCAUCAUGCAAUAUCUGCUGUGUUAGCAAAACCCUUCAUCUUUGCUGAUAAACCUCUGGUAGUUCAAUAUGAAGUAAAUUUUCAAGAUGGUAUUGAUUGUGGAGGUGCAUACAUUAAACUCCUAGCAGACACUGAUGGUUUGAAUCUGGAAAAUUUCUAUGAUAAAACAUCCUAUACCAUUAUGUUUGGACCAGAUAAAUGUGGAGAAGAUUAUAAACUUCAUUUUAUCUUCAGACAUAAACAUCCCAAAACUGGAGUUUUUGAAGAAAAGCAUGCCAAACCUCCAGAUGUAGACCUUAAAAGGUUCUUUACAGACAGGAAGACUCAUCUUUAUACCCUUGUGAUGAAUCCAGAUGACACUUUUGAAGUAUUAAUUGAUCAGAUAGUUGUAAACAAAGGAAGCCUACUAGAGGAUGUGGUUCCUCCUAUCAAUCCUCCCAAAGAAAUUGAAGAUCCCAGUGAUAAAAAACCUGAUGAUUGGGAUGAAAGAGCAAAAAUCCCUGAUGCUUCUGCUGUCAAACCAGAAGAUUGGGAUGAAAGUGAACCUGCCCAAAUAGAAGAUUCAAGUGCUGUUAAACCUGAUGGCUGGCUUGAUAAUGAACCGAAAUUUAUUCCUGAUCCUCAUGCUGAGAAACCCCUUGACUGGAAUGAAGACAUGGAUGGAGAAUGGGAGGCACCUCAUAUUUCUAACCCAGCAUGUCGGAUUGGGUGUGGUGAAUGGAGCCCUCCCAUGAUAGAUAAUCCGAAAUACAAAGGAGUAUGGAGACCGCCGAUGAUAGAUAACCCUAACUACCAGGGUGUCUGGAGUCCUCGAAAAAUUCCUAAUCCAGAUUAUUUUGAAGACAAUCACCCAUUUCUUCUGACUUCUUUCCGUGCUCUUGGUUUAGAGCUUUGGUCCAUGACCUCUGAUAUCUACUUUGAUAAUUUUAUUAUCUGUUCAGAAAAGGAAGUAGCAGACCGCUGGGCUGCAGAUGGUUGGGGAGUGAAGAUACUAAUAGAAAAUGCUAAUGAGCCUGGUAUAUUCAAACAAUUGAUGUCGGCUACUGAACAGCGCCCAUGGCUUUGGUUCAUUUACCUCUUGACAGCAGCGCUUCCAAUAGCAUUGAUUAGUUCAUUUUGUUGGCCAAGAAAAGUAAAGAAAAAAUAUGAAGAUGUGGCUUUCAAAAAACUGGACAUAUGUAAACCACAAACAAAGGGAGCACUGGAGCAGGAAGUGAAGGAAGAGAAAGCAGCCCUGGAGAAGCCAGUUGACUUGGAAGAGGAAAAAAAGCAAAGUGAUGGUGAAAUUGUUGAAAAAGAAGAGGAAGGUGAACCUGAGGAAAAGAGUGAAGAAGAAAUUGAAAUUAUAGAAGGACAAGAAGAAGGUAAUAAAUCCAAUAAGUCUGGAUCAGAGGAUGAGAUGAAAGAGGCAGAUGAGAGCACAGGAUCUGGAGAUGGGCCAAUAAAGUCAGUACGCAAAAGAAGAGUACGGAAGGAGUAA